CGCGGCCUCCUCCACCAGUCAACCCAACAUCAUCUUGAGUCACUCGGCAGCCGUCGAUUCGUCCGUCGCCGCAUGCCAUUUUUAAGAUCUUCUGUUUCCCUUUCCAACUCCCAAACCGAAACGACCGAAGAGGAGAUCGCCUCCUCCCACCGUAUCGGAUCAUAUUAUCCUCCUCCACGCUGCUUCGGAAGCAAGGAUGGAAGUUUGCACUCCUUAUUUUGAUCCUGAAUAUGAGAAUCUCAAUGAUAAGAUAUUUGGACCGAGGGUAUCUGUGGACAAUGAAUCUUGUGAAAAAUGCACUGUGGUUAAGGUUGAUAGUAUCAACAAACAGGGUCUAUUGCUUAAAGUGGUGCAAGUGUUAACAGACAUGGAUCUGUUUAUCACCAAGAGCUAUAUUUCUUCUGAUGCAAGAUGGUUUAUGGAUGUGUUUCAUGUUAAAGAUAAGCUGGGAAAUAAAGUGACUAACGGGAAAGUCAUCAAAUAUGUACAACAGGCCAUCAGUGAAAGGAGGGAGCUUCAAAACUCAGAAGAAGCUGAAUACUGCAGUGAUGAUGAUAGUGGUAUCGAAUCUUCUUCCGAGCGCACAGCCAUAGAGAUGAUCGGUGUUAACCGACCAGGACUGUUCUCAGAGAUAUCCGCCGCCCUUGCAGAGCAGAGGUGCAACGUUAUCGAAGCUCAUGCGUGGAGCCAUAAUGCUUUUCUCGCAUGUAUAGCUUGCAUCUCGGACGAAUCCACCUCGACCUGCAUAGAUGACCCUCAAAGGCUAUCCGCUAUCGAAGAUCACCUCUCCAACAUUCUGGGACCCUCCUUCGGUGGCGAUGACAGCGGUAGGAGUGCAAGGACAUGUUUUCUUGGGUGUGAUAACUGGACAAGUCAUGCAGAGCGCAGGUUACACCAACUCAUGUUAGCAAACCAAGAUUUUGAUGGUCCACAAGGACCCUUAAACAUGUCAUCUUGGACGAUGAACGUGGACAACUAUGAAGAGGGAAGGAGAACAGUUGUGUCGAUCGAUCGAUGCAAAGAGAAAGGAUACACCGUGGUCAAUGUGGAGUGCUUGGAUCGACCGAAGCUCAUGUUUGACACAGUGUGCACAUUAACAGACAUGCAAUAUGUUGUUUUCCAUGCCAACAUCACUUCACACGGACCUUUCGCUCAUCAGGAGUAUUUUAUCAGGCGCAAGGAUGGCAGAUUAUUGGACACCGAACUCGAGAUCCAGCGAGUUUCCAAAUGUUUGGAGGCUGCAAUCGAGCGUAGAGUCUGUGAGGGGAUUCGGCUGGAGUUGGACUUACAAAAUAACGUACGAGUUCUUCCCUACGUCACACAAACUCUCCGUGAGCACGGCCUCACCGUUGCCCAGGCAGACAUUGCAGCUCACGGAGAGAAGACGAAGAAUGUUUUCUUCAUUCAGGAUAUUUCUGGGAAGGAGAUCGAUAUGGGGAUGGUGGAGUCCAUGAAGAAGGAACUGGAGCCCCUGUCGAUCCAAGUGGAGAAUGCGAUGCUGCCGCAGAAGUUUAACUCGAUGGAGAGGGAUCGGUUCUCGUUCGUUAGCUUGCUCAGGACCCAAUUGGAGAGGUUUUCCCACAAUUUCAUCUCGAUAUAGCAGAAUGCUCCUCUUCUUACAUAAUUGUCCAUAAUUUCUGAACGUUCUGUAAGUCCUUAAAUAUAAGAGUUGCCUACUAUGUUUUGCUGUC